CUAUUUCCUUCUGUGUCAAGCAGAUGCAUUUUACCACUGUUGUUAAGCCCAGCUCUGGCUGUAGCUCUUGGACUAAAGUUUGUAUUGGGGUUCAUCUGCUAUCAAGUUGAGAAGAUUUAUAUCCCAGUUAGUGAAUAAAAUAAAAAGGAAUAUCAUCAAUGAAGAUGCUGACACAUUAACAACAAUGAGUUCAUGGGUCCAGAUAUAAAAACGACACCUCUGAAGCAGCUGUAUCGAUGCAUGUCCACUUCAAUCCGGUAGUGGGCAGUGAGAAGUGGGGUCCAGGAUGCCUCCGGGAAUGUACUUUAUCCUGGAGAACUGGGAAGAAGAGGCAAGCCAAGAUGUCCAAAUAGAUUUUCUUCUACCAACGGGAAUUUAUCUGAGUUUAUCUGUAUCACGCAACAGCACUAUAGAGGCCAUAAAAGAGAUCAUAUGGAACAAGGCUAAGACAGAACCACUCUUCUGUGCCCUUAAUGACCCAGAUAACUAUGUGUUCAUGUGCAUCAACCACACAGCUGAACGAGAGGAGAUAGAGGAUGAGCAGAGGCGUCUUUGUGAUGUCCGUCCAUUCUUUUGUGUUCUACAGCUCGUUGGGCGGGAGGGAAACCGGAUUGAGAAGCAAAUCAAUAGCCAAAUCAGUCUCCUGAUUGGAAAAGGUUUACAUGAAUUUCAUUCUUUGAAAAAUUUGGAAGUGAAUGACUUCCGUACCAAAAUUCGACCUUUUUGUGAGGAGAAAGCAAUGGACCGACAGCGACUUACAUGGUAUCCAUGGAUGAUGUGUAACUAUCCCUUUGAACUGGAGCCAUACCCAAAGCUUCCAGAAACUGGUGUACUGAAGUCCCGCAGCAGCAAAAAAUUCAUGGUCAAUGUUAAGUUUGAAAACAGUGAAGAAAGUUUUACACUUCAAAUAUCACCUCAGGAUGUUCCAUUAACUUUAAUGCAGUCUGCUUUGAAAAAGCGAGCAAUGGUCUUCAGAGAGCCAAAGCAAGAUAAAGUAACUGAUUAUGUCUUGAAAGUGAAUGGUAGAUUGGAAUUUAUCUAUGGGGACUAUCCACUUUACCAGUUCAAAUUCAUAUGUGCCUGUCUACAUGCAUCUACAACCCCUCAUUUAACCAUGAUACACUGUAGCACCAUAAAGUCGAUGCAAGAUGAGCAAGAAGGCUUCAGUGUCCAAGUUUCCAAGAUUUGCUCAGGCCCUAAACGACCCCCUUUACCCCCAAAAAAGCAAGAUAUGUCUUUUACUAUAGAAGAGCCAUUUCAAAUCCAUUUGCUGCAAGCAUCCAAAGUUAACGUUGAUGAUGGGAUGACGCUAAUUGUUCAGGCUGGUCUUUUUCAUGGCAGUGAAAUGCUGUGCAAAACAGUCACCAGUAAUGAUGUGCAGUUCUCUUCUGAGCCGGCGUGGGAUAACAAGCUUGUCUUUGACAUAAAUGUGUCUGAUUUGCCUCGCAUGACCAGAUUGUGCUUUGCUCUGUUUGGAGCAGUAGAACGAACCAAAAAGCCACGUUCUACCAAAAAAAAGCUGAAGAAAGCUGACUGCCCCCUUUCCUGGGUGAACACCAUGGUUUUUGAUUAUGCAGAUCGUCUGAAGACUGGAGAGCUCACCUUGUAUGCAUGGCCAUCAACUUUAGAUGACAAAGUAGAUCUUCUGAAUCCCAUGGGAACAGUAGAUAGUAAUCCCAAUAUAGAAAGCACAGUAUCACUGACUAUUUUCUUUCCAAACUUCAGAACACAGCCUAUUUACUAUCCGCCUACUGAAAAGAUUAUUCAAAUGGGCAUGAAUGGGAAGGCCUCAAGAGCAAGCCCUGAAGAGUUGCAGAAAUUAAAAGAGGUACUGGAGAACAAAAACUACACAGAGUUUUUUGAAGAUGACAAAGAACUUUUGUGGAAGCUGCGUUAUGACAUUCGAGAAUUGUACCCAGAGAAUCUAGCCAAACUUUUGUCAAUUACAAAGUGGAAUAAGCAGGAAGAUGUAGCCGAGAUGAUAUAUCUUUUGCAACACUGGCCAGAUUUGUCUCCACUGCAUGCCCUGGAACUUUUGGACUACACUUUUCCUGACCGAAGUGUUAGAGCCUUUACUAUUCGCUGUUUAAGAAAGUUAAGUGAUGAUGAACUUUUCCAGUAUUUGCUGCAGCUGGUACAGGUGCUGAAGUAUGAAUCCUACUUAGAUGGUGAUCUGACGAGGUUUCUGCUGGAGAGGGCUCUGGCCAACCGAAAAAUUGGGCACUUUUUGUUUUGGCACCUCAGGUCAGAAAUGCACGUCCCCUCUGUUUCUUUCAGAUUUGGACUUAUUUUGGAAGCUUAUUGCCGAGGCAGCACUCCUCAUAUGAAGAUACUAGCAAAACAGAAUGAAGCACUAAAUAAAAUGAAAUCUCUGACUGACUUUGUGAAAUCCAGCUCCCAAAAAACCACAAAGAAUAUUACCAAAGAGGUAAUGCAAUUCUACAUGAAACAAGAUGCCUACUUGGAGGCCCUGAAGGACCUGCUUAACCCACUUAACCCUAACCUUAUUCUUUCAGAUCUAUGUGUGGAAAAAUGCAAAUUCAUGGACUCCAAGAUGAAGCCUUUGUGGCUUGUUUACAAUGACAGCUUUCAGAGUGGCUCCAUUGGGAUCAUUUUUAAGAAUGGUGAUGAUCUCCGCCAGGAUAUGUUAACCUUACAGAUGAUCAAAUUGAUGGAUGUCUUGUGGAAGCAGGAGGGUCUGGAUUUAAGAAUGAUUCCCUAUGGCUGCCUGUCAACUGGAUACAAGACGGGCCUGAUUGAGGUGGUCAUUGAUUCAGAUACAAUUGCAAACAUCCAGUUGAACAAAAGUAACAUGGCUGCCACUGCUGCAUUCAACAAGGACGCACUUCUCAAUUGGCUGAAAUCCAAGAAUCCCGGUGAUGCUCUGGAACAAGCAAUAGAGGAGUUUACACUCUCAUGUGCCGGCUACUGUGUAGCUACGUAUGUCCUGGGAAUUGGUGACCGCCACAGUGACAACAUCAUGAUCCGACAAAAUGGACAGUUGUUCCAUAUUGAUUUUGGACACUUUCUUGGGAACUUUAAGAGCAAAUUUGGCAUCAACAGGGAGCGCGUGCCUUUCAUUUUGACGUAUGACUUUGUGCAUGUCAUUCAACAGGGACGAACAAAUGACAGUGAGAAAUUUGAAAGGUUCCGGAGUUACUGCGAAACUGCCUACAAAAUCCUGUGCCGGAAUGGUGUCUUAUUUGUGAAUCUAUUUAAAAUUAUGCAAGCAUCGGGUUUGCCAGAACUGAGCAGCUCCAAAGACAUCCAGUACCUGAAGGAUUCUUUAGCUUUGGGAAAACCAGAAGAGGAGGCUCUUAAAAACUUCAAAGUCAAAUUUAAUGAAGCACUCCGGGAAAGCUGGAAAACCAAAGUGAACUGGAUGGCUCAUAAUGUAGCCAAAGAUAACAGAUGAGGAAGCAGUGACCCGAAACACUCUUCAGGAGCGAGAAGGGCCUUUUUUUUUUUUUUUUGGCUGAAUGUUUACACUCUUCUAGCAACUUCGGCAUUUCAGAGCUGCAAAAGAAGAAAUCGUGUGUGGGCAACACGUACUGUAUGACAUGGCACUGUAUCAGGAUGAGAUUCAAACACACCACUUGACUGGCCAGUGCUAUUGACAUCACUUUAAUGGGUACGCACAGCAGUAGACCCUGUGACUAUGAUGUCACUCGUGGUAGAUGUUCAAAUUUACAUUAACAGUCCCAAAAAAAUAAAUAAAAAAGAAAUUACUGAGUGCUGGGGGGAAAAAAAAAAUAGAAACUGUGAAGAAUUCAGUAGCUUUAUGAAGCACAAGUGCACUGUAUGGACAGCAACA